AUGUCCUUGGUCGAUGGUGGUGAUACAACUCUUGUCCAUAUAGUUUUUGUGAUCAAAGACUCACUCAAAGACCCUUCGUUAGAAAUUGGGUCUCAGUCUAUACCGCUUCAACAGGGAAAUCAAUUUCCAACAGUUUGGAAAUGCUCUAUUGAUGGAGAUUGGUUGUCUGGGCUGGUUCAAACCAGACAGAAUAGAGCCAAUCUAAAGGCCAGCUCUACCCGCCUUCUCUUUCUAUCCCAAACAAUCGAGCAUUCCUUCACUCUGCAAAGAAAGUCUCAUAUAUUUGUUAUGGACAAGGAAGAUUUCACCGGUUUCUCAAGAAAAAGUGAAUCCAUUGCUGUCUUGGUAAAAUUUGCAGUGUCAGAGAUGGCAGGUGAGAGUAUUAGAGCAGGAUGGGAGUUUAUCAAAGCAAUAACCCAAGAAUAUUCUGGCUUUUUACAAUACUUGUCAAAGGAGCAGUUUCAUGAGCUAGUUAAACUUGAGGUAGAGCCAAAAGAGCGGUUGAUCAACACAAUUCUUUUAUCCGCCGUUAUUCCAUCUUUCAUCAAUAACAAGUUUCUUGCGUUGCUGAGAGAUUGUGACAUAGAAGAUGAAGCCCUAUUAGAAGCACUUUCGCGUAAUGCUGCUUGGAUGCAGUGCAAACAGCUUGUUCAACAUGGCUUGCAAAAAGAUGAUUUUUCCUUCUUACCUCUUUGCUUGUACUAUCCAAAACAACUUGAAACUAUUGCUAGCACUUUCGUAAUUGGUAGUAAAGGCAAUCCCUCGGUCUCUUUGCUUGAAAAUUUGGGCUUCAUCCAGACGAGAAUACCACAGGACAAAGAAUACAGUAUCUGUAGGGCAAUUGUGAGUUGUGCCUCUUCAGUUUAUGAUAUUCUUAUUAUUGCUUCAAAAGCAACAGCAUUAAUCCCGCUUUUGGAGAGCAAUGACGAUUUUAGAGAAUUCUUCAAAGCUCAAAUGCGUUCUAAAAUUGAAGGUGGCAAUGCUUGUUUCUUAAUAGAAACUUGGCAACAAGUUUGUAAGAUGGAAGAAAUCAAAAUUCUGAGCAUUGAGAUCUUAAGAACUGCCAUAAAGCAGAGGCCUUCAGUGAGAAACAAUGACGAGGCAUCGGAUCUUGUCAAUUUAUUAAUGUUCAAUGAACUAUUCACAGCAGAAGAAAGAACAGAGCGAUUGUGCCUUUGGCUCAACGACGAGCGUAUUUCCAAUGAAGUUGUUCUUCGCUUUACUGAAAUCAUUGACUCUUUGAAACCCAAGCUUGCCCACACAUUAUUGGACAAAUUGACGAAAAAGGGCAAACUCACUUUAUUCCAUUUGAUCAAAUGUCUCAGGGCAUUCCAACCUACAAACAGAGAACUGUUUAGUGAGUUGGAUGUUGAGUCACUUAUUGCCAAGCUGUGGAAUGCCGUUAUAGCACUACCUUUCGAUAAUUCCAUUCAAACAUUUGAACGAGAAGAGUUUAGAUGUUUACUUGGGGAGUUUUUGGAAAUGUAUCAGCCUGCACUUACUCGUAAAUUUAACUCUUUUUCUGCUGAUUUGGAGCAUUAUUUUAAGAUUUUGUUUGAUGUCAAUAAGGGCAUUGCAAAAGAAAGAUUUGAUUACUCUUAUGCAACACUCGAGUACUGUAUCAUUCCAUCAGCGGAGUCUUCUGAUCGAUAUUCAGAUAUUAGUAUACCAUCCAUUGUGAAACACAUUGGGUUUUGGACAUGUAUCACAAAGAUUGCUAAUAAGGAUAAAAUAUAUUCCACUUCGUUGUUGAAAAAGGUUAGGGCAGUUAUCAACAAAGAAUACAAGGCACAAAUAGAAGGUACUUAUUCGGUUGAGCAAUAUUUGAAGAAGGUGAAGGAAUUGCAGAAAAAUUUAUCACACAUAUUUGAAGAGUUUGUCGAAAAUUAUGCUAAUCAACAACUCGAUAUCAUUUAUCAGAAGAUUGAUCAUUCUACCAGCUCUUUAGGCUUUGUUAAACAAGUUUUAGUAUCUAUCGGAGGCAGCAUUCGUGAAAAGUAUUUACAAUUUGUACAACAAAAAUUGAAUGAAUUCCCAAGAACCAAGGUAUCAGAACUUCUAUCAGCAUCAUACUGGGGCGAGUUAUGGGAAUGGAAAGAACAGCUGAUCAAAUUGAGCAGUCUUGCCCAAAGCGCAAGUUUCAUGUCUACUAUUGUCAAAAACCAACAGCCGAAUGCAUUUUCAAAUCUUAACGACCUCAUGAGGUACUUGAUUUCCAUGGAGAAGCAUUUAAUUGAAAAGUGGACGCAUAUCCUCAAUGGUACAGCUGUGAUCAGUGAUGUUUACGAAAUCUACUAUCACAUUCAAAACAAACAACAUGAAAUUCAAUUAAUUGAGAAGUAUAUGAACAAACAACUUACACAUUCAGCCAAAGAAAAUAUUGCAUUUCUGCAACAGAAUUUUGGGUUUAUUACUGACGCACAACAUAUUUUGGACCUAUUAGAGCUUUGCAACCUCUCUGGCCAAUUUAAGACUCUACUUGAAGAGUAUGCCAAUACAAACUUUAAUAAUAUGCUACUAUCUGAUUUUAAAAAGCGAACCAUUACCAUUACGAAAAAUUUGACGCUUCAAAAUUUCGAAGUAGCUCAUACUAUUGUGGAAUGCAAGGAUGUCUUUUUUUUGUAA